AUGCAGCCCUCGGUGCUCACUCAGGCCUUGGUCCUCUUCGCCGGCCUGGCAAGCGUGUGCAAGGCGCACUUUGUCUUGCAGAUCCCCACCAGCCUCGGGUUCGACGACGAGGCAGAGGGCGAGUUCCCGUGCGGGGGCUUUAACGCGCACAGCCGCAACAACGUGACGCUGUGGCCGGUCGAGGGCUCGGCCGUGAGCGUGCUCACGACGCACAGCGAGGCGACGUGGGAGUUCAAGGCCGCGCUGCUGAGCGACCUCGGCCACUGGGUGCGCGUCAACAGGGUGCUGUCGCAGACGGGCGUCGGCGACUUCUGCGAGCCCGCCAUCCCCGUCAAGGCGUCGUGGGCGGGAAAGCGUGGCGUGCUGCAGGUCGUCCAGCACGGCGACGAUGGCGACCUCUACCAGUGCGCCGCCGUCAAGUUUGUUCAUGGCGGUCCGGCCUCCCCGCCAGCCGGCUGCAUCAACGACACAGUAAUCGCAGCUCACUGGCUGUAA